GGGAAUAAGGCGACCGCCUGAGGGCUAUUAGAUAUUAUUAUUGUGGACGUACGUGGCGUCCAUGAGCACGGCGCGCCUGGGGGUGGGCGUGGCCGUCGUCAACCGGCUGCUGUACGCCGUGGGCGGCUUCGACGGCGCGCGCCGCGUGCGCUCCGUGCAGUGUUACCACCCCGAGAACAACUGCUGGACCGAGGUGGCGCCCAUGGCCGCGGCGCGCCUGGGGGUGGGCGUGGCCGUCGUCAACCGGCUGCUGUACGCCGUGGGCGGCUUCGACGGCGCGCGCCGCGUGCGCUCCGUGCAGUGUUACCACCCCGAGAACAACUGCUGGACCGAGGUGGCGCCCAUGGCCGUGGCCAGGAGCGGCGCGGGCGUGGCAGCCCUGAACCAGUAUAUCUACGUGGUGGGCGGGUACGACGGGUCGCAGCAGCUGGCGGUGGUGGAGCGCUACGACACCGAGCGGGACGCCUGGGACAGCGUGGCGCCCGUCACGGUCGCGCGCUCCGCCCUGUCGCUCACCGUGCUCGACAACAAGCUGUACGCGAUGGGUGGUUACGACGGCGCUUCGUUUCUUGACAUUGUGGAAGUGUACGACCCGGCGACAAACACGUGGACAAACGGCACGCCGCUGUUGUCAGCGCGCUCCGGACACGCCUCUGCCGUGUGCUGUCAGCACGUGGCGCCCGACGGAGACGCCGUGCCAGCCGCGCUCAGGAAGGUGGCCCGGCUGGGGCAGGAGGUGCCCUCGGACACGGUACUGGGGGCCGUGGCGCACGCGCGGGACCGGAUAUAACAGUGCAAGUGAUACAAGGGACUCGUGGUAAUAUAAGACGAUAACAUUGGCCUACCAAGUGGCUAAGUUAUCAACGGAAUAUAUAACCCGCUUGUGUUUAUAGUGUUGUAUCCCAAGUCGAGCACAAUAUUUAAAGACUUUUUUAUAAAAAACACUAGUGACAGUCUCUACUGACUAGUAGAGUCUAAAAAUUACUAAGGUAAAAAAAAUUAUAAAAUCACUCACAAACACUGAGUCAGAUGUUGCCGGAUAAAAUGUGAGGCAAAAUUAUCCAUAGCAUUAUCAUCAAUAGAAAUUGACAUUUAAAUUGGUAAUUUCAAACCUGCAUUUAUUGUUUGAUACACAGACUGAUGUGCUUCUGAAUAAUUUGAUUGUGAUAAGAGAUUAGAUAGAGAUAAUUUAGAGUUGCUAAAAAUGUAACAUAUUGAGAUAUAAACAAGGAAUGCUUUAAAUGCGCUGGUACAUCCCUACAUUCCAUAAACUAAAAGCACGCCCUGGUAGGUUCAAUAAUAUUGUAAUUAUAGAUUAAACAACAAAAUUAGUUAACACUUAGACACAUGUUAACAUAUAGCACAAAAUAAGUUUCUAUCAGAUACGCUCGACCCAGUUUCAUGUAGUAAACUACUAUUAAUAUAGUAGUUUACUACAUGAAAUACCUAAUGGUAAGGGAAAAAGUUUCUUCGCAUUUAUAUGAAAACACAAGAAAUGGUUUUUUUAUUUCAAAUCUUAUUUACAUAAAUUAAUGACAUUAUACAUGUGCCAUUAUUCCCCUCUCUGGAUGGUUAACCUGACACUGCCUAAAGAAUUCUGAAGAGACCGAAACAGGUGGAAAUCAGAAGGUGCCAGGUCAGGGUAUAUAGCAGCAAGUCUUGAUUUUUGCUAAGUUGCUUAAAAUGUGUGUGGUCUAGUUUUAUCGUGAUGAUCGACUAGAACACCUCUCUAUUGAUCAAUUCCAGCCGCUUUCUCUCAACUUCUUAGCUUUAAUCUCAUCAGAUGCUGACAGAAGAAAUCCGAAUUGAUGGCAUCGCCCGACUGUAUAUGUUCAUAAUGAAAAAUACCCUUCCAGUAUCACUUUAUUUCGAGUUAACCCGGGUUUUGCCAGUCUGUGAAGCCUCACCUUUUUCGGACGUUCUUUUCGUACGAGAUCCACUAAACGUCACCAGUUGUCAAUAUCUUCAAAGAAUGGUUCGGUGUAAUUAACGUCUCAAUAAAAUGAGCACACAAAAUAGCACAACAUGGUUCAUAAGGUUUUUCAGUGAGCUCAUAUGACAUCCAAAUUUCAAGCUUCCAAUGUACGAACUAUUUUGUGAUCAAUUCCCAGUUUUUGAGCUAUAUCCCACUAAUAUGCGGAUUUUGCUCCAGAUUUUCAAUUUUUUUUUUCUCUUUCAUUCGUAAGAAGGCGACCAGAGCGUGCAUCUUUGACAUCAAAAUUCCCGACUCUUAGUAAUACUGCAUUAGGUCCAUAAACGUCACAAUUUAUUUCGCGCCUUGCAUUGCAUUUGUCCUAUCAGUUAUAAAACUUUAGAACGUUUCGAAUUUCUUGAUUAGAUUUCACUCAUAUUGACAAAAAAAAUCAAAUGAUAAAUAGCUGAAGAAAACAACAUGUUACUAAAUUGUUUAGUUUUUGGAAAUGUAACGUUUAAAGUCAUAUCCAAUAUUAUAGACCAAGAGAUGUUAUUACAAAUUUAUACAUACUAUAGGCGAAAAGUCUUCCCCAACCCAUUUACUUUUGAUUAGGAUUGUAUAAUAUAUCAAUUAUUAAAUAUAACAAAUGCAUCCAAAUAUAAUUAAAAUACCCAAUUAAAAUGUACGAAAUGUUUGUAUAGAUUUGUGACAAGACCUAGUCUAAGAGUUUUUAAUCCUAUAAUGAUUUAUUUGAACAGACAGAGAAAUAAUCAUUUCAUUAAAUUUAUAUUUUUCUUAUUACUCUCAUUGUAUUCUGUAAAAAUAUUAGCCACUAUGUUGGGUUUCACCAUCUCUUCUUUCAUUUAUAUAUUUGUUGACAGACUGGUGAGAUCUAACAGUUCCUAAUUUGUUGAAUAAAUAUAAAUUACACUUUGGAUAGUGUUUGUUAUGUGAUAAUACAAGGAAAUAAGAAUAUAAUUAUUGUAACAUGCUCAGAAACCUGUAGCUAUUAAAAAAAUCAAGUAUGUACUAGGCUUACAAAUAUACUUGGUAUAAAACCUAUAUAAACCAAGAAAAUGCAAAAUUUUUGCUAUAUCGCUGACAACACUGAUAAUUCUGAAGUUUUCGAAAUAUUAAGCAGCCUAACAAAUGGAAUAGCGGGAAACGUGUACGUCCGAAUAAACCAAUCAUAAACAAAACAACUAUUUGGAAAUAUUUUGCAUAUUCUUGGUUUAUUCUCAGGUAUACUUUAUACCAUUUAUUUUAUUUGUAAGUAAAAGUAUUUACUCGUAUUUUUUUAAAUACAACCAGGUUAGCUAACAAUGCUUCCAAUAUUCAAUAGCAUGUUGUAUGAAUUUGUAUAUAAUGCUGAUAAACAAUACAUGAAUUUGUCAUAAGAAAUAAUUAUGUGACGAAAAGAAUCCCCCACACCACUGUAAGCCAUUAUUAAAUUAAUAAUAAUUUUAAAUUUAUAAAUAUACAUUAGUAGUUAUUUAUAUAAUGUAAAUAAUAUUGAUUAUUAAUUAGGAAAUUAAAGACUGUUUUGGGAA